UUCAUUACUUUCCCAUAGCUCCUGCUGGAAGAUGAACAUUAUGGACUUCUUCAUUUUUUUAACAGUUGUUUUUUUUGGAGUGGCAUCUACAGGCUCCCACACGCUGCAGUAUCUCACUGUCGUCUCAUCCCUAAACGCCACCACAACUGUGGAGCUGGAUGGGGAGACCAUCGCGUUCUACAGCAGCAGUGAUGCAGAGGUGAUUCUCAAGACCGAGUGGAUAAAGAAGAUCGAUGUUGACGUGCCAGAUUACUGGAAAAGUGAGAAAUCCCGCAUGUCAGGUGACCACUUGGCAUUGGACCUCCAGCAUCAUCUAAGCCGUGUGGAGAAGCUCCUUCAUCAAACCAAAGGAGCUCCUACACUAACCAGGACGUACACAUGUGAGAUCAGUGAUGACAACACAACUAGAGGAUCACUCCAGAUCCUUUAUGAUGGAGAAGAUUUCAUCAGACUGAAUCUCAGCAGUGGAACCUGGACUGCAGACAACCAUCAAGCUGAGCAGUUCCUGGAAGUCUGGGAGCAUGCAGAGCGUAAUGCCAAACACUGGACGCACUACCUGAAGUCUGCAUGCAUAGAGUGGUUAAAGCAGUAUCUGACUUACAGGAACAGUGUGUAUCAAGCAGGUGGAGGAGCAGAUGGAGGAGCAGGUGGAGGAUCAGAUGGAGGAGCAGGUGGAGGAUCAGAUGGAGGAGCAGGUGGAGGAUCAGAUGGAGGAUCAGGUGGUGGAUCCGAUGGAGGAUCAGAUGGAGGAUCAGGUGGUGGAUCAGAUGGCGGAUCAGAUGGCGGAUCAGGUGGCGGAUCAGAUGGAGGAGCACAUAAUAUAAUGUAUAUCAUCAUUGCUCUAGUCCUGGUUUUAUUUUUUGUUGUUGCUCUAAUUGUGUCCUACAUGAAGAGGGAAAGACUUCAGGAAUUUUUUAACAAAAUUCUAAAACAUAGCAGUUUCUUCAAGUGUCUGACUUCAUGCAUCAGACGCCAAGAUUUCGAACCCGUUCCAGUCUAAAUUAGUGCACAAGUCCCGCUUUAAUGAAGAUCCCAGCACCACCCUCCAUCGCCAUACAGUGUUACUCUGCUGCUGACACUGUCAACUGCUUCCCUUUCCUGCAACCGAAAUCUCAGGGCUUUCAAGUAGGAACUAAACACCAGCUCUGAUUUAAAAAAAAAUUUCACCCAAGGUUGUUCUUCACCAUCUUGUACGCUGUUUAAGAGAAUAUCCGACUGCACCUUAACAUCCACUCUGCUGAAAAGGUGAUUGGCUACAAUGUUCUACCUCUACAGGACUCGUACACCUUCAGAACCCAAAAGUGGGCAGCUAGGAUCGGUACUAAACCCCUUUCACACUAGAUGCAAACUUUAAAUAACUUCCCACUGGCUGGAGACCAUCAGGACCAAAAACAGAUUCUUUGCAACUGACCUCAUGAACAAGAUCAAAGUUCCACCAUCAGCAUUGACCUGCCUGCACAAACACAAACAUAUAUUUAUUAUCUAUCGUAUAGCUUUUAUCUUUAUUUAUUACUGUAUUUAUUUUUAUAUUUUUAUAGCAUAAACACACCAUGACAUUUUUUUAUACAUGCAAACCAUCAUAAUUGGCAGUAAAGACGAUUCUGACCCUCUGAUGAAGCACAUCCUCAUUUCCUGUUGUUAGAAAUCUAUUGCAGAGAUUUAUUACUGUGAGUUUUAUUUCUUUCUUUUCACAAGUAUGGGAAUAGAUUCGAUUGGAAGGACAUGGGUUCAAGUCCCACCACCAUCAAGCUGCCACUGCUGGGCCCUUGAGCAAGGCCCCUAACCCUUAACUGCUCAGCUGUAUAACUGUAGGUCACUCUGUUUAGGGAUCAAAAAUGCCAUAAAUGUAAAUUAUAAUAUUAGUGUUUCUAUUUAUUUAUUUAUUUAUUUAUUUAUUGCUCUUUUCAUUUCCUCCCCCAAGUUUCUCUCCUUAAAUUAUACUUAUAAACUGGAAAGAGAAGAAGUUUACGUCUCAUGUGUACAUUUCAGCACUGUGAAUGUUUUUUCUGUAAAUAUCUCAGUUGUAGGGUGACGGUGUGGGGGGAUGAACCCUGGACCUUCUGAUCAAUAACCAAUCAUCUCAAUUAAAAGGGAAUUUUUCUUUUCUUUUAUUUUUCACCCCAUUAUUUUCACCUUAAAACUUGUCCAGGUUUUUUAAACAAAAACUAUUUUAUAAGUAAUUUCUUUUAGGUGAAAAUGUUUCUUAUACACUGAUAUGUAAAUAAAAAAACAUUAAAAAUAA